GGCCUGAAGAGUUUGCGCUAGCCACCAGCAGGCUCAGGUCCUCAGCUCCCAGCCUGCCGCCUUGCCAUGGCCACAAGGGUAGACAGUAGGCCCAGGGGGCUCCCCGGCAGUGGCUGUGACCUAGGCACAGCCCGGGAACACAUGCAAGCGGUCACCCGAAACUACAUCACCCACCCCCGUGUCACCUACAGGACUGUGUGCAGCGUCAAUGGGCCCCUGGUGGUGCUGGACCAGGUCAAGUUUGCGCAGUAUGCUGAGAUCGUCAACUUCACCCUUCCCGAUGGCACUCAGAGAAGCGGGCAGGUGCUGGAGGUGUCUGGGACCAAGGCAAUUGUUCAGGUGUUUGAAGGAACCUCUGGGAUCGAUGCCCAGAAGACCACCUGUGAAUUCACAGGGGACAUCCUACGGACUCCAGUGUCAGAAGACAUGCUGGGUCGGGUCUUCAACGGCUCUGGCAAGCCCAUUGACAAGGGGCCGGUGGUCAUGGCAGAGGACUUCCUGGAUAUCAAUGGCCAGCCCAUCAACCCCCAUGACCGCAUCUACCCGGAGGAGAUGAUUCAGACGGGCAUCUCUCCCAUCGAUGUCAUGAACAGCAUUGCCCGUGGUCAGAAGAUCCCCAUCUUCUCAGCAGCCGGGCUCCCCCACAAUGAGAUUGCCGCCCAGAUCUGCCGCCAGGCUGGGCUGGUGAAGAAGUCCAAGGCUGUGCUGGAUUAUCAUGACGACAACUUUGCCAUUGUCUUUGCGGCCAUGGGGGUGAACAUGGAGACAGCCAGGUUCUUCAAGUCUGACUUCGAGCAGAACGGUACCAUGGGGAAUGUCUGCCUCUUCCUGAACUUGGCCAACGACCCCACGAUCGAGCGGAUCAUCACCCCGCGCCUGGCACUGACCACUGCUGAAUUUCUCGCCUACCAGUGUGAGAAGCACGUGCUGGUCAUACUGACCGACAUGAGUUCCUACGCAGAGGCCUUGCGGGAGGUCUCAGCCGCCAGAGAGGAGGUGCCGGGCCGUCGAGGCUUCCCAGGAUACAUGUACACAGACCUGGCCACCAUCUAUGAGCGGGCAGGCCGCGUGGAGGGCCGGGGAGGGUCCAUCACUCAGAUCCCCCUCCUCACCAUGCCCAAUGACGAUAUCACCCACCCAAUCCCAGACCUGACGGGCUUCAUCACAGAGGGACAGAUCUACGUGGACAGACAGCUUCAUAACAGACAAAUCUACCCCCCCAUCAAUGUGCUCCCUUCCCUGUCGCGGCUGAUGAAGUCUGCCAUUGGGGAGGGCAUGACAAGAAAGGACCAUGGAGACGUCUCCAACCAACUGUAUGCUUGCUACGCAAUCGGGAAGGACGUGCAGGCCAUGAAAGCAGUGGUGGGGGAGGAGGCGCUCACUUCGGAGGACCUGCUCUAUCUGGAAUUUCUGCAGAAGUUCGAGAGGAACUUCAUCAACCAGGGCCCCUACGAGAACCGCUCCGUGUUCGAGUCUUUGGACCUGGGCUGGAAGCUGUUGCGCAUCUUCCCCAAGGAGAUGCUGAAGCGCAUCCCGCACAGCGUGCUCGAUGAGUUCUACUCCCGCGAGGGGGCGCCGCAGGACCCCGCGGCCGACACUGCGCUCUAGCCCCGCCCACAGCCGGACCCCGGAGCUCGUCCCGGAAGCCCCUGUUCUACCCCGGUUCUACACAUGCCUCCGUGUUUUCCAAGGUCCCACACACCUGAACCAACCGCUUGAGGGCCCACUGUCAGCUACCCACCCCAACCCCCCCCCACCCCGCCUCGAGGCGGGAGGCGGGGUGGGGAUGGGGCUCCCACGCUUCAUCCCUCUCCCUGGAUUCCCGCACUGGGAAAGAACAAAAGGUUGUUACGCCUGUAUUAAGCACAUGAGAAUCACCUAGCGAACUUUACAAAAUACCAAGGCCCAGGCUCCAAACCAGAUCAAUUAAUCUGAAGUUGGAGGCGAAUUCCUCUGCAUUGGUAUUUUUUCCCCAGGGACAGCUGGAGUUGCAACCCCUAGUUUAGAGGCUGCAAGAUAACCCAGGUAAAGAUAAUGAGGGUGCACUUGAAGAGGUCCUGAGACACUCCAACCCCAACAUACACGUAGGGUUUUGUUGUCAUUCUUAGGACCCUAAUACCUCAGAAGCAACAGCCCACAGAAUCCCCCAACUGCCAGGAAAUCCUCAAGCUUUGUCCCUGCAAAGCAUUAUCACUUUAUCUUAAUUUGAAGCCAGGUGUUAAGGCCCCACUUGGGACAGAUACCCAGAAUUUGCUAGUUUUUAAAGUGCUCAGGAGGGGUGCUGACUCCUUCAGACCCCUGCGGUUGGGAGGUGAGUGGACUACCAGAGGAGGUUUCCCUGGAAUGAAGGAGAACUGCUUUGGGUGGAGAAUCUGCAUUUUUGUCCCUCCCCGUGGGUCACUGUGGUCUUGGGAGACUCUCCCCCCUCCUUAGAUUUCUCUGGGGGAAAUACCAGGAAUGAUGGGGCCCAGAGGGGAGAAGGUAGUUAGAAGUGAGUGGUGUGGUCUAUACCUAGAGUUGACCCCUGGGGCCUCAGUAAACCUCUGAUAAGCUUGGGGUCAUUCCCCCUGAGAAGGGAUGGAAUGUGGAUGGUUCACUCAACACUGAAUCAGCCCACAUUGAUUGCUUGACUACCAUAUAUUGUAAAAAUUUAAAAGGAAAACAUUGAUGACAAAUAUAUGUAAAGGGUUACUGUUAAUAAGUUUUACAAAUCCAAUAAGAAACACUUUGAAGACCCUCAAAGAACAAUGUGAAGAAACAGAUAAUUCCCAGAAGAGAAAAACACUGAUAUUUAAUUGUUUAACUUUUGGUAGUCAUCAAGGAGUCAAAUUAGAACAUUUCCACUACCAAAUUAUUAGCAAAUGUUUAUUUAAAAUCACAAUAUUCAGCGCUGGUGGUGAUGGUUCCAGUAGGUCCUCUUUUAACAAUAGAAAAUUCUAGAUAGCUGGCCUGGUCUUACUGCUGCAAUCCCCUCCCUCCUUGUGAAGUAGGUGGUAUUAUUCCCAGUUUGCUAAUGCAGAAACUAAGACACAGAGGUCAAGGAACUCGCCCAAAGUCCCACGGCUGAUGUGCAGGGUACCUGCUUCACUGCAGGUAGAAGUGUAAUGAAUAUAAAACCUUGCUGGUGGGCAGUUUGUAAACACAUACUAACAAUUAAAAAAUGUUCGUUCCCUUUCACUUAGUAAUUCUACUUCCAGGAAAUCCAUCCUAAGAAAACGGCCAAGAUGAAUCAUUUUGUUUUCUGCCGCACAUGUCAAAUGAUAGUGUAUGUUCAUUAUGACGCUGGGCUACAGUGGCGUCAUAACGUACGUUUAGUAUAUGGCAUGACAAUGGAUGCUAGUUCAUAAUAAAACGCUAAAUGAAAAGGAGUAGAAAAAAUGUAGGAUAUGUAUAUACAUAUCGUAAUGGACCGUGAUUUCUGCGGUUGGUGGAAUUGUGAUUUUUAAUUUCCUCGUCCCUUUCUCUGUUUUAACAAUCAGCACUUAAUAAUUUUAUCAUCAGAAACAAAA